GAGAGAAUCAAACCAAUCACAGGAGGGAGUGAAGCUGGACAGGACGAAAGAGAACGUGUGAGUGGCGGACUACAUCCACCAUUCGUUGAGAACGGGGAGGAGAGGGGAGACGCAGUGUUAGGAGGAGACCAAACACGAGAUCUUCGAUCUGCAACUCCGCAAUGUGGAGGAGGCUCCUGGAGCGCAGGGGCCCUUCCCGGCCUCCUCUCUCUCUCGCCUGGCUGCCGAUGUCAGCCUCAGGCCUUGCCCUGCCAACAGAGACGGAGCCAAGAUGAAGUUCUCUUAAAACUACCUGCAAAAACCACGCUUGCUCUGUCGUCUCCAUGAGCUGAGAGAGGGGGUGACGUAUUUCAAGUAAUUAUAAACGCUUUUCGAGCAGCUGAUUUUCAGGAAAGUAGAGUUCCCCUCAAAGUUGACAUCUGACAUUCAGGUUCUACCACAGCACAUCUUUGAGAGAACGGACGCCUGCGGCAAGAGUUUUCGCGUUUUGUUUCGGAGCGCCUCUUGUCUCCAACCCGAGGUGCUAGGACACUCUGAAGGACGAUUCAACUUUGAGGAACGUUUUCCGCCUGAAGUCCGGGAGGGUAGAGGUGCCGCGUCGAACGGAGGGCCCGUCACAUCUCAUCCGCUCUCCGCUAGGUGAUUUGGGGUAGAAAUGGCUUUGGGAUGUUUAAAAAUUCCUUUUAAGUGUUCUGUCCUUUGCCGAGGGACCGACGGAUCUAUCCUUUCUUAUUUUCCUCUGUUUUAAAAUGUUUUUUGUUCAACUAGAAUAAAAGCAGUGAAGUAAAACCGCUUGCUUGAUUUAGAUGUGGCUUCAAAAUCGAUCCAAACCACCGGGAUCUGUGGGUCAGGAGUGUCUAAAUCAGGUGAAACUCGUUCAUCUGGGUCUGUUCGAUUUGAUGUGUCAAUCAAAGCAAACUCCUCCCACUGUCCAAUCAGGUGAAACGCGAUCAUCUUAAUCUGAGACAAAUGAGUCAAUCACAGUAAACCCCUCCCACUGCUAUUCUGUCCAAUCAGGUGAAACUUGCUUGUCUGAAGCUGUUCGAUUUGAUAUGAGACAAAUAUGUCAAUCACAGUAAACCCCUCCCACUGCUAUUCUGUCCAAUCAGGUGAAACUUGCUUGUCUGAAGCUGUUCGAUUUGAUAUGAGACAAAUAUGUCAAUCACAGUAAACCCCUCCCACUGCUAUUCUGUCCAAUCAGGUGAAACUUGCUUGUCUGAAGCUGUUCGAUUUGAUAUGAGACAAAUAUGUCAAUCACAGUAAACCCCUCCCACUGCUAUUCUGUCCAAUCAGGACGCAGUCAUAUUAUCGUUGUGCCCGAAUCGCUUUAGUUGCGCCUCAGAGAAAGCAGGAGAUCGCCGUACCUAUGUGAAGCACAGACAGAAAAAGACCCUCAUCUGUCCAGUAAGAAUGUUUCCGUUGCACAGAGAGAGGGAACAGCCCAUCUUCAGCACUCGAGCUCAUGUGUUCCAGAUCGAUCCUGCCACCAAACGCAACUGGAUCCCGGCCAGCAAGCAUGCGGUCACCGUCUCCUUCUUCUACGACGCCAACAGACACGCCUAUCGCAUCCUCAGCGUGGGCGGGACCAAGGCGAUCAUCAACAGCACAGUCAGCCCCAACAUGACCUUCACUAAGACAUCUCAGAAGUUCGGUCAGUGGGCAGACAGCAGAGCGAACACCGUCUAUGGCCUCGGAUUCGCCACAGAGCAGCAGCUGCACCAGUUUGCGGAGCGUUUUAAAGAGGUAAAGGAAGCUGUGCGUCUGGCCAGAGAGAAAUCACAGGACAAGAUGGAGCUGAGCACCGCAGCUCUCAGUAUCGCAGCGCCUCAGGACUUGUCUGACGAGCUGCAGUCUCCUCCUGUGAUGUGUGUGAACGGACCGGAGGACAAGCUCUUCCGGAGCCAGAGCGCUGACAUUACUCUGUCCUCAGAGAAGGAGCGCAUUAAGAAGAUGCUCUCAGAGGGCUCGAUCUGUGAGAUGAAUCUGGAGGCCGAGCUCUUCACCUUACAGGACAGUAAUGCUAAACUGGUGGCGGCGUUGCAUGAGGCUAACGCUAACGUGGAGCAGUGGAAGAAACAGCUGGCAGCGUAUCAGGAGGAGACAGACCGGUUACGAGAUCAGGUGGCGGAUCUGGAGGCUCACGGCGGUCAGGGACCCAGCGACAUGCUAAAAGACGAGCUCACUCAAUCCCUGGAGGAGCUGGAGAACCUGCUGAAGGCAAAGGACGAGGAGAUCCGUAUUCUCCAGAGUAAGAAGUCCAACUUCCACGAGCUGGAGCCGGAGAGAGAAGAAGCCAUUCACAGACUGCAGGAGCUGGAGAUGCGUAACGUUGAGCUGGAGCGGCGCGUGCAGAGCGCUGAGCAAACCCUGGUGUCUGCGCUGGAGGAUCGCGAGCGCGCCGAGAACGAGGUGCAGAGGGUCGCUCAGAUCCUCGACGUCAAGAUCUUCGACCUCAACGACCUUCGGCAGAGUCUGGUCAAGCUCAUCAAUAAAUAGUGCGACCCUGCUUUCUUCUCGUUCAUCUUGAAUUUGCACUGAAACGCUCUUUCUGUUCCAGUCUAGCAAUAACUUCAGUGUUGAGGAUGUUAAGUUGGCAGAUCACGAACAGUGUUGCUACGGUACGCUUUAUUUUUGAUACAGAAACACUAGUGCUGUGUGACAUCUUUACAGGAUCACAAGUAUGAUUUUUUUCGUAAUUAUUUUUCUUUUAAACCAUGCUAAAGGUCACACAUCAUGAAAAAUAGG